AUGGCUAGUAUCGAUCGCUACCGGCCGUCUAGAGAGGCCUACCAGCCUCCUACUCUGCCACCGGGGCCGCCACGACCGGAUCGGCUGUCACGAUCUCCUGCGCGUCGCCUCGACGUUCCGCCGGCCGUUCCAUCACCACCGACGCACUCUUCCCGGACGUCGCCACCGCGACCUCUUUCCCAACGCGAUACGCGCUCGCCACAGCGCUCGAGGGCGCAAACGCCAGGCCCCCCGCCUAACCAGUGGUACUUUACUCCCGACGAGACGCUGAGCACACCAAGUAUACUGGAUGGCAUCUCUCCAGCGGAAGAACGACUGCGAAGAGCGAAAGGUGUCAACUUUAUAUACCAAGCAGGUGUCUUGCUUGAUUUGCCUCAGAUCACCCUAUGGGUCGCAGGCGUCUUCUUCCACCGUUUCUACAUGCGAUACAGCAUGGUUGAAGAGAAGGGCGGCAUUCAUCACUACGUGAGAACAAACUCCUUCCUCCUCAUCUCUCGCGACGAUCCUGGCCGUGUCUGA